AUGAAACUAUUAAUUAUAAUUGAAAAUUCUAAUUAAAAUACAUUAAAGAAAGUAAAUAUUUAUAAUUAAAUUUUAGGUUCUAGAUAUAAUUAAAUAGUUGGAGAAUAAUUAUUAUGAAAUAUGUAUUCAAAGGAGUAACAUCCCAUCAAACUCAGUAGAAAUAACAGAUAUCUCCUCUUUAACAAGUGAAUGCAAAAGGAAAUACAAACGAUUUAUAAAUCGUGCCAAAAAUCAAAAAUAUUAUGAAAAUCCCAAUACUUCAAAGACCCAAAAGAACAAGUUAAAGUAAACUUAGAAAAACCAUCAAAUAUUAUAGAAUUAAGGAUAAAUUAAUUUAAUAUCAUAAAAUAAAUAAUUAAAUCAAGAUGAUGAACAAAUAAAUAAAGAAAACUAAGUUAAGAAAGAGAGAGACUUAGAAAUGAAUCAAUAAAAGGUAUAAGAAAAAAAUAUUAUUUCAAAAGUUAAGUAUUUUAAUUGUUUAUUCACCCUUAUAUGA